UGUUGCACUUUGUUGUGGCAUCAAAGCGUUUAAAUUUUGUGUGUUUAUGUGAAUGUGGUUUGAAAGAUCAAAGAAGAGUUUCGUAAAUGUUCCAAAUAAAUCAUUAAUAUAUCGCCCAAAGGUGUAACAUAAGGGUAACAUAACACCGUCGCCAACGGACGAGCGCAUCCAGGGUGGCGCAGCCUGAAGCAGCAGCAGCAGCACCGUGCUGUCCCGAGAGUUUGUGCCGUGAGACUACGAGAGGCACGGAAUCGUGCGUGCGUGACUGUGUGCCCUGUAUUGUGCGUAUCGAUUUGGCAAUUCUUUCCCGAUCGCAUAGCUCAGCGUUUUUCUGGCCUGGUUCAACUAACGCACCCCAAACCGAUAGAGAGACUGUAUUGUUGGGCCCCGAUAGCUGUGCUCUAGAACUUGUGGCGAACGUGUGGAACGGCGGAGUUAGAAGGGGUGUGAGACUGACACGAAGCAUCGAGUGGACUGCGGGGCUGCAUGGCAAGGUGCUAGGUUUGGUAGUGUAACUCGACCUCCCCGGAUGAUACACGGGAGGGAUUGUUGGCCAGCAAAGGCGAGUUCGACGCCGCAACGAGGAGCACAAUCAGACCUCUCCACGCACGCACGCAAACCGCACACACACGCAUACUCCUCCAGGUGAGUCUUCGCGGCUGGAGCUUUGUUGUGGCACGGAAGAGUAAGCGAACACUCGAUUCGACAACGACGGCGACGACAACGACGACGGUGCCAGACUGUGGUCGCUGGAUGUUGAAUGGCAUCGGUACUCGAUUGUCCGCCUAACAUCAUCGUGCUAUGCUUCAAUAAACACGGCCAGCUAGUAACUCCGGCACCACUCCAACAUUCAGCAUUCAGCAAUCCAAUCACCAUUCAAACUGACGGAACCACGAAGCGGCGUAUGAGCGGUGGUCAGGCACCUCAGGUACACCACCACGACAUUCUGGAACUGAAUCUCUGCCCUACGGUUCCCCUCACAAGGACGGGAACGUUCCCUGUGAUCCUUACCGGUUAACAUCAUCGAUGCAUCAUCGUUACGGUUACCAAUUGGAAGAAGAUUCAGAUCUGCAGUAAACAGCCGUGGUGUUGAGAACCUUGGGUCAUCGCUGGUAUCAUCGUCGUGGUCGUUUAUUCGCAAGGGUACGCUGGCACCGUCGACGCCAACCCAUUAGUUACCCACGCUUCGCCGAUUCCAUCCGGUUCCGUUCGAUCCGAUCCGACUGUAGAGAGCGAUAAGGGGUACCAGCGUGCGAUGGCAACGGUUAAUCUGAACCCGCUGAACGGUUGCCCGUCCGUACCCGGUACGGCGGUCGCCGGUACGUUCGGACAGGUACAAGGCAAGGACCAGUGGGUGAAGCUGAACGUUGGCGGAACUUGCUUCCUUACGACGAAAACCACCCUGUCCCGCGAUCCCAAUUCGUUUCUGUCGCGUCUCAUUCAGGAGGACAGUGAUCUCAUCUCGGACCGGGACGAAACCGGUGCUUAUCUGAUCGACCGGGAUCCACGCUACUUUGCACCCGUGCUGAACUACCUGCGCCACGGUAAGCUCGUGCUCGACGACGGCCUGUCGGAGGAGGGCGUGCUGGAGGAGGCUGAAUUCUACAACGUCACACACCUGAUCGGGCUGCUGAAAGACAACAUUGCGCGGCGCGAGCAGCAAUGCCCGGCGGCAGACAAGAAGCGUGUCUACCGGGUGCUGCAGUGCCAAGAGAACGAGCUAACACAGAUGGUGUCAACCAUGUCGGACGGCUGGCGGUUCGAACAGCUGAUCAACAUUGGCACGCAGUACAACUAUGGCGCGGAGGAGAACGCCGAGUUCCUGUGCGUCGUGUCGAAGGAGUGCGCCAACACACUGAUCGGGCGCGAGGUCGAAUCGAACGAUCGCGCUAAGGUGCUACAGCAGAAGGGUUCGCGCAUGUAAACGGCGGACACACGUGUGCGUGCCUAACUGGCUGAGAUCCGAUCAUUUUCGGCUCUUAGACGCGGCACCGGUGCUGCUGGUGCCGAUGGGAGCGGAGCAGAGUAUCAACGCGACAACGGUCGGUUAUAUCGUUACGCACCUCGGAAGCACCAUCGAGAUAUGUCUGUGUCUGUUUUUUGAUUCGUUGGUUGGUUGGUUGGUAAAUUGGGUCAACAUUCAAUUACUAGCGCAACAACUCCGAGCUCUUCAAAAGCAUCAUUCUAUACGCACAAAUCAGUAGUUGAAGGAGAGAGAGAGAGAGAGAGAAACGGAGAUAGAGGAAGCGCACAGUACGACGAACUGGCGGUAGUCGGUGAGAAAUGAUAGGUAGCUUCAGCAGAAACAAAAGACAGAGAUUGCGAGAAGUUUGUGUUGUUAAGAAACGCGAUAAAUGGAGAAACUACAACAUAUUGCAAUCUGAGAUCCCUAAUCUCUCAUUAGAAGACGAAAAAAGACGUAGAACACGCAGAGUAAAGACGGUCGCAUAAGACCAAGAACAUUUAAAGAGAGAGAAAAGGAGAGAAAGAGAGAGAGAGAGAGAGAGAGAGAGAGAGAGAGAGCGAGAGAAAGAAAUUGUUUUUAACCGCUAGCAAAAUGACUUAAGAUGUAGCAAGCGAUAUGUUGUUUAAGGACUAGAUAGGAGGGGAAAGGGAGGGGCUGGGUGGAGUAUGGUUGGUUGCAAGAACAGAAGCACAACACAUUUGGUCAGGCUAAUUUCCGCUAAUUACACUUCUACAAUCGAGCAAGGCAGUCGCAGAAACCGAUCAGUAUACUGGCUUAGCCGAACUGAUGAGGAAUAAUGUGCCCUGUACUUAGUGCAACCGUGAUUGGCGUUGACCAUUUGCUAAAAAGAAUCGCUGUCCCCGCUUGAUGUGCUGAUUUACUGUUAAGCAAAAGACACGGAAAGCCUCUAGAGGGCAGGUUAAUUUAUCGUUCGGGGCAAACGCGGCAAUCCACGGCGGCCCUUGGAAACAAAACUCCUCAGAUACGGAAGCAGAAUGCAAGCUACGUCAGAAGAUAGAGUUGAACGACAGUGCACAGUGCCUGUCGAUGAGAGGAAUAUAUUCACUCCCGACUGAUCACUAGCAUAUAUUGUGUCGCAGCAUCAGCAGCACCACCACCACCACUGCAUUGCGGCGUCGACGAGCAAAUCUUGUACAUACGACGAUCGGCACACCAUCACCCCACUCUGCACCCAACUGUUCGGAGGGGGAAAACGAGUGGAUAUAGUCAUCCCACUCCUCACAGACCCCUCCCCCCCCCCCGCCCUCCCUCUUUCUCUCUUCGAAGGACGAAUCACGCACAAACGCACAACUUACCGCGGAAUACAACGGAAGCAAUACUCUUCGACGGUUGCGGCGGUGGCGGCCGCUCUUCCUCCACCCCCUCCCCCCUCCGCAAAACUCCGCGUCAUCGGCAAGACAUUAGACUGCAAUGAUACCGUCACCCACUUCCGUUCCUUUUAUGUUCGAAACACAAGCAUGAGGCAAACAAGACGCAAAAGCGGUGAAAGAACACAAGUGGAAAGCGGUAUUUGGAGCGCGAGGUUGGCCAGUACCUUUUCCCUAUUCCACUCCACUGCCCCAUUUCUCUUCCCUCCUUCGCGCUCCCCCCACCCCCCUCCCUCUCCAUUAUUCAACAUCAUAACUGGUAAAAACCGGGCACCAUCAUCCGCCGCCGAUCGGUUUGUCGCGGCGACUGAAAAGAAGACGAAGAACCGCGUAACAUAAAAAGAGAAACACACACACACACACACACAUAGACAUGUGCGCUCUCGCGAUGUUUGGAGCAUGAGAUAUAUAGAGAGAAAUAAAGAUAAGUAACACGUUUGUGGUAUAGUUUCGGUUUUUCUUUUAUGGUUACCGAUG